AAAAAACUCCCAAUCUGUCACUCAACCAAAUAAAAGUAAAAUGUGCAAAUUGUACGUGCCGUAUAAAAUUAUGUGAAUUUCAGUUUUUCCAAAAACCAUAGAACAGUCUCGAACAUGUUGGUCGAAGCUUGCAGUGCCGUUCUUUAUGGGGCUGUGUUCCUUAGCCUGAUCCUCAUCGAUUUCAUCCUCGGCCAUGGGUUCGUGGACAUGUUUCAGAAAAUCUUCUGCAAGAUCGCGUGCUUCGUCAAGAGGAGUGUGAGAGAGGAGGCCAAGAAUGUCACUGUGCUGCCUGAGAAUCCUAUCAGUCUACCGGUGCUGUUCAUGGAGAUUUUAGUUCUGAGUCUCACGAUUGCUGUAUGUUUGUUCCUAAACAAGUACAAGCAAUUCCGAAGCAAGGAUCGUAUCGACGAUCUUCUUCACGAAAGCAAGGAAGCCUUGAGACAGACCAACGAGUUCCUUGAAAAGUGGAGAUUACGACGGGUACCCACGGACUAUUCCUACUUGGAUGAAGAGCCCCAGGAGAUCAAACCACUCAGAUUGGAAGUGCCCAUCUUACACAUGGCUAUCAUUGAUACUUUAGGCACUACAAGAAGUCAACCAGAAAGGGGAGAUGCAGGAGACACAGUGAACAUCACAGACUCAACUCUUCUCUCAGUCACAUCACUUCUCGAUGACGAUUUGGAAUCGAUUCCAGACCAACCACCUAGUGAAGAGAAAAUUAUUGAUGAGACUAAAAACAUCGAGUUUAGGAAUCGAACACUUUGGGAUGUCAUGGAAGAAGAUACUAACAGUUUGGAAGAUUAGAACUUCGACUCAAGAAAUAUGCAAUCAUAGUUGGUUUUGUUUGUUAAAUAGCAAGUUUUUUUAUUAAAAUGUGUUGUCCGGAAUCAUUACAAAA